CUGUGUGUGUGUGUGUUUUUUCCUUGAUUAGGGUUUCUGGAAUUAGGGUUACCGUUUUGUGCUUAUGUUUUUCUAUUUCGAAUUAUAUUGAAUGGUGGAUGACGGAAAUGCCCUUGUCCACUUGGUUUGCCCUAGCACCAACAAAUCGAGUUGGCAAGCCUGGCCUGUGGUAUAACCGGCAGCAGAAGUUGCUGGGAAUUAUCUUUCGAGCCGAAUAGCAAUCCAUGUGCCAGUCCGGAAACCCAUCUAACCGUUGGGUGGUGCUAGGGGUUGAUCGGUUUGCUCAUGAUCUAUUACUUGAUAAGCUUAUUGUGGCAUGGAUUUUGGAGCAGUAUCAGCCGUUGGAAGAUAUCUGAUUUGAAAGGAAGUCCAAGACUGUUUUGGUAUGUGGAAAAAUUGCAACGUUUGGUUGAUUUAUAUUCAAAUCUAUGGAUGGAUGAAUUGCAACUAUCUAUAGUUUAUUGAUGGGUUGUGGUGAAUUGAAGGAUCAGUUGAUUUGGUCUGUCCCUGUGGAGCAUCUGGGAUCAUUUCCUAGUUAGCAACAUCUCUCUAUAUUCAUAAAUGUACUUUGUGUCUUGAUUUGUUGCACACGUUGGCUGUACUUAUAAUAAACAAUGGUUGGAUGUGGAACUUGGGUGUCUGGGAGAUUAGGUAUGCGUCUUAUCCAAACUUGGUGUAGUCACUCAAACAUGGACUUCAGGUAAAGACUCAAUGAAUUUUGAUGCCACAUUGUGUGAUUGUUGCAGUUUGCAUACUUAUGCUAAUUACUAGGAACUAAUUUGAAAAAAGGAGAGCAAAGAAGUGCAAGUGCCAAGAGUCUGGAGGCCACCUACAAGUAUUCAGAAGUAGCUCUAUUUUCUUCACUUUGAAAUGUUAGAAUAGUUAUAAAAGGAAUUUUUGAACUGGUUUAUGAUAAUAGUUAAAUACUUUAUGCACACCAAGGUCGAAAAGUUUCUCUAGAUCAACUUAUAACUUUAAGACAUUCAGAACUAGAAGAUGUUCAUUGAAAUGGGACUUUGAAUCACUUUAUGUUGCAAGCAUGGGUAUUUUGCCUUUUGAAACACUCUUCAGCCUUACCAUAUAUUGAAUCUAAGAUACGUAAAAUAAUUAUAGAAUGAUAGAUGCAUCAAUAAUCUGGUAGCCCAGUGGGUUCCUCCAAGGUAGUCCAGAUUCGAAACACGCGGGCGUCGAUUAAAUUCAGGGACCGGAUGCCCCAUGCCUGGACGCUGCUGGAGGGAGUGCUACUAGUCUGCUGGCAACGGGAGUGGUGCUAGGGUGACGUACUCACACGUGGGUAACCACGGGUGGAGAAGGCACGCAGAAAUUUGCGACUUGAAUUGAACAUGCUCCAGCGGGGAUGGGGCCUAGUGGGGGUUGCUACACGGGUUCAGAGGCACAAAGAAUACAGGCAGAAGAUAAUGUCAGCAUAUCAGCCUCUACAUAAAGAGCUAUACAACGUACAUCCUACAACUUUCUUCGUGCCGUCAUUUGUUAAAGCAAUCAAUGAAAACACAGAGGAGAGUUUCAGAAACAUAAUGUCAGAACCCUCUCCUAAAGUUUAUACAUUUGCUAUGCUUCAGCCAACUUUCUGCGAGUUGUUACUAGAUGAGGUUGAAAAUUUCGAAAGGUGGGUCGAUGCAGUUAAGUUCAAGAUAAUGAGACCAAAUACGAUGAAUAAGUACGGUGCUGUUCUUGAUGAUUUUGGCCUGGAAGCUAUGCUUAACAAGCUUAUGGAAGAAUUCAUAUGUCCCAUAUCUAAAGUAUUUUUCCCGGAGGUUGGUGGAUCAACACUGGACUCGCAUCAUGGUUUUGUGGUCGAGUAUGGAAAAGACAAGGAUGUUGAGUUAGGUUUCCAUGUGGAUGACUCAGAAGUCACGCUAAACAUAUGCUUGGGCAAGCAAUUUUCUGGCGGUGAAUUAUUUUUUCGAGGCGUUAGAUGUGACAAACAUGUAAACUCAGAGACCCAACCUGAGGAGAUCUUCGACUAUUCCCAUGUCCCUGGUCAAGCUGUACUUCAUCGUGGUCGUCAUCGGCAUGGUGCCCGUGCCACAACAUCUGGACAUAGGAUUAAUUUGCUUUUGUGGUGUAGAAGGAGCAAGAGUAUGCUGCAGCAACUGACAGACGACAAAGAACUACUUUGUUGUCGGAUGUAUUUCUUUUCCAUGGCAGUGUGCUCUGAGUGUUUUCUUAAACUUGCCGGUAACCUCUUUCCUCUCUUCUCCAUUCCAGACAAGGCCUCAAUAAUCACUCUCUAGUUAGGUUAGUGAAAUUCGACUUUCCUUUUGGGGCAUAUCUUCUCAUUGUCUGUGUGAGAAGGAGACACUUAUCUUGGCGGCAACUUUUUGCGGAAAUAUUCUUGGCAUGUGCUCAGAAAUCAUGAUGCAUUCCUCCUGAUUAAUCAGUCAUCUUCUUUCUUCUUUUGUGUUUGUCAUAUUUUCUUUUGCAUCACUUUUUCUUUUUUGUGAUUCCGUUUCCUUUAACUUCCAACUAUCUUUUAUGUAUGCAAUUAACAGCCAUGUGGUCUACUAACUAAAUUCAUUGUG